UAACAGAAACACAAUUCCAGUAAGCUCGAAAGUAGCUUUUAUUCGAUUUCAGAGUUCAUCACCAGUCGCAACAGGACAACAUCUUUCACAUACUGUAUUCAUUGACAAAGCAUUGAUUUGUGUGGCUUAUAAUGAAGAAUGAGAUAACGGCCUGAAAGAUACUACAAUUCUUGCAUGACCAGCGAUGAGAGGAGACAAUGCAGUACUCGACUUAAAAAUGUUGCUUGUGGCGUUGCCUAAAUAUCAUAUCUAACUUGCGUCAGAAAUCUAGAAAUUAAAUUAAAAUGUAUUUUAUAAUAUGAUCGCUUUUAUUAUCUGGUAAUUUUAAACAUAAUAUCAAAGCUGGGGUCAGCUGGGGAUAUUUUUCAGACAAGACAAUAAUAAUUAACUAUUUAACUUAUCUCUUACUUGUAUGUUUUAGAAAGUGGUAAAUCGAAUAAGUUGUCAGUUCAUCAAUAACCAUUUUGAGCUGUGAUAACUGUGUCAAUUAGCGGUAAACAGCUCUGUUGUACGUUCUCGAAAUCUUACUAUUUUUUUUAACAAAAUCUUGAUAUUACAUGAUCCCUUUCAGGUUGUUUUCUCUGCGUUAAUUAAGUGUUUUAUAUCUAUAAUGUUGUGAUUCGGGAAAUUUCAUGGCAUUUUGUGCUAUGUUUUAUAUUUGUGCACGUUCUAGCCACACACAGAGUGGAGGAUGGAUGUCUUCACUUUCUCUUCUAUAUCAAGUGAACCUCUGGAUACCCAAAGUGUUUUUCGAUAAAUUCACUUUCCCUCAGAAAGUGAAAGCUAGUUUUGAAUCAUACCUGAUGAGAAUGUCGCAAUGCAAUAUGUUGCACCAGCAACAAGUGAAUCUGAAUCUGGACAUCAGAUACCAGGGAAUGUUGAUCCAAAUAAAGUCGAGGAAAUUAAAAGAACUAUAUACGUGGGAAAUCUGGAUUCAAAGAAUGCAACGGCUGAACAGUUAUUAACAUUUUUUACAACAUGUGGAGAAGUACGAUUUGUACGUAUGGCAGGAGAUGAAACGCAACCGACACGCUUCGCUUUUGUCGAGUUCGCAGAUACAGCGGCCGUACAAAAUGCUUUGCAACUAAAUGGAAUGCUGUUUGGUGAUAGACCUAUUAAGGUCAAUCACUCAAAUAAUGCUAUUGUUAAACCACAAGGGAAAACUCAGGAAACGAAUGCUAAAGAAAUUGAGGAAGCAAUGAGAAGAGUGAGAGAAGCACAAUCACUCAUUUCAAAAGCUCUUGAGCCAGAAGUAAAAGAAAAGAAACGUCGAUCGAAAUCUCGUUCAAGAUCGAGAUCUCGUCAUCGACAUAGAAGAUCUCGUAGUCGCAGUAGUAGAAGAAGACGUAGUAAUUCUCGAAGCAGGAGACGCAGACGGUCACGUUCAAGGUCAGCUGGAAGAUCAAGAUCCAGACGAUCGAGAUCCAGAUCAAAGAAACGCCAUCGUCGAUCACGAAGUCGGAGUCGCAAGCGUGACAGAAGUCGUAAGAGAGAUCGCUCAUCCUCAAAAAAAAGAGAUCGCUCCUCAUCAAGAAAAAAGGAAGGUUCCCCAUCAAGAAAGAGAGACAAAGAUAAAUCUAAGUCUCGGUCAAGAUCGAAGUCACCAGGAAAAAAGAGUAGUCGUCACAAGAAAGAUCGUAAGAGAGACAGAGAUCGUGACAGAAGCAGAGAAAGUAAGAGGAAACGACGGUCUCGAUCUAGAAGUCGAUCUAAAGGUGCAGAGAAGAAAGCUGAUGAAAAGGAAAAGAAGAAUGAAGGAAAUGACAAGAAAACUGAUAAUGGUGAGAAAACUACUCCUGUCAAGGCUGACAAAGAAAAUAUUGAACAGACUGUUGAAACAAAAACAGCUGUCAUCACAAAUGGAGAAACUGUUAAAAAUGGAGAUCCGUGAACAAAUAUCAUUUUACCGAUUCAGCUAUAGUGAUUUUGAAUUGGACUCAUAAUUUAAAAUCAUAAGUUUGAAUUCAUAGUUAUUUUAGCAUUCUAAAUUUUCGAAUUGUGUUGUAUUGCGGCUUCCUCCACCGCCAAGACCAUGCAUCUGAAAACAAAAUCACUGGCUAACUAACCCCAUACCCGACAUGGACUGGUAAAUCCUGUCCUGUACAUACAACUGUAGUAAAUACAUAACAGUACAGAAUUUCUGGUGGAAUGUUAAUAUGGAAGGUUCUUUAUCAGAAAAGUCCGCCAGAGAAUGCUAGUUCAACACAUUAGAAAUAAUAUCAGAACCUUCCUAAGAAUACAUUGGGGGUAUGGACAAAAUGGAAUUUCUUAACCUGUCUUCGCAAUUGAAGUGUCAUUCUGGUGUCUCUCUUAUCACCUGAACUAACCAUUGUUUCAUAUUCUAGAAGUGAUGGGAUUCUGAGGAUUAUGAUUAACACUUUAUGCUUGAAACCUUUUCAAGUAUGAUAUUAUGUUACUGGUGACUGAUUUCAGUUAGAAAUUCUGUGUAGCCUUUGGGCUUUCAGAAUAUAGUGGUAAUAUCUUCAAACAUCACUAGCUACUCAUGAUAUCCUAAUAGUCGAUUAUGUUAGGAAUUUGAUGUUCGGAAACAUUUUUCUAAUGUUUUGAUUGAAAGGGCAGUUAUACUAGCAUAGAGUACUUUGUAUUUUAUUUUAGAUCACUCUUGUACAUUACUGCCUUGUUAGCUGCUUUCUUUAACAUUGUAAAUAUACAUCAAACUUGGCUUUAGUA